AUGCCUGGUUUGGGCGCGAUGGGAGAAACUAGUCUGACUUCCCCCCAAAUCCAAUCGGGGUGGUCUGCCCCUUCUUCACGUACUCAUACUCCUGCACCUGCGGCUGUGCCGCCUCAUGUAUAUUCUCCCAUGUCUUUUGAUCAAAUGUCGGAUCGUGAACUUCUUGAUAUGGUCGCACAAAAUAUGAUUGUAUUAAAAAAGGAAUUUUCGCAACUACAAGGAGCCUAUGAGGCACAAGGGGACCAAUUAGCUCUAUUAAGGGCUGAAUUAGAAGAACAUCGCGAGCAAUCGCGUAAUCAACAUAUAUUUUAUUCCAACCAAAUCCAAGGAGCAGCUGCUUCUAUACAAGUGGUGCAAGACCAUCUUAUUCAUCUUUCCCCUUCUUGUUCCACAGCUCCUCCUCCACCACCUCCACCUGCUGGCACCAGUACAGCCACAAAUAUCCCUCCUGCUCCCAUAACGUCUUCCUCCGAUCUAAAAUUUGCCAAGCCAAACAAGUUCAGUGGCAAAAAAGAAGAUGCUCUAAAUUUCAUCAUCGCUUGUCAGGCUUACAUAAGGGCCAAAGGAGCAAACCGUUCCCACAAAGAAAAAAUUUUGUGGGUUACAUCAUACUUCGAGGGUGCAGCUGAAGACUGGGUCCGUCCAUAUAAGGAAAGGAAGGUGUUCAGGGGAGAAGUAGUCCCCUUAUUGGAGGAUAUCGAUGUCUUCUGGGCCGAAUUUACUAAGCAUUACGUAGACACAAACCGUGAUGAAAAGUACCAACAAAAAUGGAAUAAUUUGCGGCAGAAAGCUUCGGUUCAGGAAUAUACUAGGGAAUUCCAGCAGUACUCGGUUUCUCUUGGUUACAGUGAUGAGACCUUGCGCAAUAAGUACUAUGAUGGCCUGAAAAAUGAAAUCAAGGACAUCAUGCUAUCUACUAUGUUCCAAUGGCGUCGCGCCACAGCCCAACAGGUCUAUGACAAGGCAGAGGAAAUUGCCAAUCACAUUGAAUCCACUCGCCUAUCCAACCCCUCAGUUUCCACUACUCGUAUCACGUCAACUGCCGUCCCCACUUCCACCUCUAAUCCCACUCCCACUCGUACUCGUCUGAAUGUAGGGGAUAAUGUUUAUAUGAUCGACCCAACUACUCGCCGCGCCAAGAAAGGCGCCAUCACUUCCAUUGUUCGCACAACUUCUGGCAAUAUGCCCAAUGUCAGGUGGAAUGGGGAAACCAAAGACACGAUGAUCCCAUUCCCCUCCCUCAAAAAGGACAAACGCCCCGCUGCGGCUGCAUCUGUUAAACCAAUCAUCGCUCCUAUUCCUAUUCCUGCCGCAAACACAAAGGGUCUGGGCCCCAUGGAUCUUGAUGGAAGGGGCUUUUCAAACCUCACCUGCCAUAUAUGCGGUGGCAAGGGACAUUUUGCGCGCAGCUGCCCUUCUAAGCCCAUGUCUGGACAUGUGGCUAAUAUUGAAUGGUCUUGGGAAAGGCCUAAAGAAGAAAGUCGUAUUGAAGUAGUUUCUGAUGAGGAAGAGUUGGGAAAAGGAAAAGCCAAGGCCGACUAA